UAUUCGUCAUGGAACUGAUCACUCCAUGUUAAAUAUCUACACUGUUUGACGCGUCACAGUGGACCGAAUAUAGUAUCCAGCGGAGUUUAAUUGUGUUGGACACCCUAAAACCAUAAUCAACGCUAGUACGGUACUGAAACGGAGCGAGCUUUCGAACAAGUCAGGACAACCAAUCAGAGCGGUGGUUCGAGACAACUGUCAGCUGACUCGGAACCUUGGAGUGGAGAUUGAAAGUGAAGACGCUGAAUCAUCCUCAUUUGGCCGCCAUCAGACUUAUCGUUGAGACAAGAAAUCUCUGCAACUUCUGGACGCCGGUCUACAAUUUUGCCCUCAGAUUCUUAAGGAUUUAUAUACUGAGGGUGUACGUUCCGGCCUGCAAGAGUUCAGACCUACGUCUUAUGAGAGAUCCUACCUACGGCUUGUGAGAGAUCCGACCUACUGCUGGAGAGACGUUACCAGAAUUGGCCCACUUACAACCUUGGCCUAUCCAACAUCGUACGGGGCUGUGGACCUGGACCACGUCCACCCCUACCACCUGUCAUCGCAGCGGACCUCCACUGUCUGAUAAGUCCUAGGCUAGCCUUUACCGUAACUUUCAUCUGACUACAGUUCAACUAUCAGCCUACUAAAUCAUUUUAAUUUGGCCAAAUACAAAGACUAAAUCAAUUUCUCUGGACAUUUAACUUAACUUACUCAACUUCUGGUGCAUCAAGAUUCAAAUUUCAUUCAAAUUUCAAUCCAGUUAUCUUCAGACUGUAUUUUGUGCAACUCCAAGUGCCGAGGGAACUAGACGCAACUAAACCAUCGUCUCAACAUAUUCUGUAGGCUAGGCCUAACUUUUAGAGAUAUAUAGAUUACGGUAAUCGUUCGGAUUGUAGCCGAAAGGGUAAUAGUGUCUUUGAUAUUUGUCGCUGGUGUUGCCUAGUUUUAAGAUUGUCUAUUUUAUUAUUUUUGUGUAUCUAGUAUUGUGUCACAUUAUGCUCUGCCGGAUUGAUUAGAGACCUGAUAUAUUUUGUCUCUGUUGUCCCCUGUUUAAUUGUAAGAUUGUCUAUUAUUAUUGUGUAUUUUGUGUCAUAUUAUUGCUUUGUCGGAUUGAUUAUUGACUACGGUCGAACAUAUAUUUUGUCUAAUGUUGUCUUUUGAGUAAAAAUUAAUUGUUGCUUUUCUGUAAAUAUACUUUGCUACCGUCUGCGCAGUCGGAAAUUCCAAAAGCUUUUGGUCACAAAAAAAAAUAAUGUAAAUAAAUAAAUAGCCUAUUUGAGUUAUAUUUUAGGUUCAAGUGUCUUGGUAGUAACGAAUACUGAACGAAGAACGUUGUAUGUAGCAUUUUGAUUGAUUAUUAUUUCGUACCGGACAUUUGAGUCAGGCUUGUCUGUGCAAAAUAUUUACUUGUAAUAAACCUUCGCUUAUUUUGUCAUAUCUUGUGUCAUUUUUGAAAACCAGUGUAUUUGUCAUAGUGUAUUAUAGUGGGCGUAGGUGGGUCAACCCCUGAAUUAUCCAGUUUUAUUCACAAUUUUCUCAAAAUUGAAACUCACCCCAACGCUAAGUCAACAUAGAUUUUAGGGACCUGUCGAACCUCAUGGUAUAUAGGAGCAUAGGUUAAGACACUCAAUACUACAGAGAUCUGCAAAAUCUGUUACCAUCCUGGGGCUGGAACGUUCCCAGUUUAUCGACCAGCAUCAUACCCCGAAACUGGGUGGCGCCCUGCAGCAUCACUGAAGUACUUGGUUAUUACCCUGGUUCAUAGGCUACCUAUACACAGUUCCGCCCACGACCCGUCACUGACUGAGACCUAGCCGUGGAGUGUGUCAUUUGGCGCCCAACAACGUGGGGCAUUGUUUAAUUCAUACUAUUCUAUAAAUAUAUAUAGAGGCCUAUAAAAAAAAAAAAAAAAAAAAAAAAAAAAAAAAAAAAUGAGUUACCGAUUGCGCAAAGAUGAGGUGCAGCAUGAACUCCGAGUCCGUGGACUCCCUGUUGAGGGUGAUGUUUAUGAAUUGCGCAAGCGAUUGCAAACAGCACUUACGAAUAAAACCGCUGUUGACACUGAGGCGGUAGGCAAACUUAAUAUUAAUUCUGAGUUGGAAAUUUGUGAGGAGAAAUUUUCGGAUUUAAGUGAAUUGGUGGAUGCCUUUGACGCGGGCGUGAAGAAUAAUGAAUACUGGCGGAUAGAGGCUAGACUUCAGCACUUGUUGGGCAGACUUCAACUGGUCAGGGAUAGAGAAGGCAAAGAGGAGACUAUUGCAGAGCGACUGAGUAAUUUAGAGGGAAAAAUUAAAACGGCUAUGGAGCAAUUGGAACAAAAACUAACCCGCACACCUGAGGUCAAUAAAACCGAACCACCAGUCUUUCCAUUAGCAACAGGAAGUGAAAAUAAAAUUACUCUACAGGUACCAACCCCGAAGGAAAUAUCCCACAGUAAAGCCACUGAUUCUGAAUCACAAAGUCAAAGUCAAAAUAGAUUAGAAUUUUCCCCUAAGCCUACAGAGUCACAACGUAGGAGCGUUCCCGUCUACAAGUGGAAUAUCACAUUUGAUGGUGGGCCUAAAGUUAGUGUAGGUUCUUUUCUGGAGCGUAUUGAGGAAUUAAGAAUAGCCCGAGGAAUAUCGGAAAAAGAAUUGCUGGACUCUGCAGUGGACCUUUUUGCUGGAUCAGCGCUGAUAUGGCAUCGUUCAAAUAGACAACGCAUAGGAUCAUGGGAGCAACUGAAGACAGAACUUAAGGCCGUAUUCCAAAACCCAGAUUAUGAUCAUCUGCUGUUGAAAGAAAUUUUGAACCGAACGCAAGGAGAACAUGAAAACAUUGAUUUGUACCUAGCCACGAUGAAUGUACUGUAUAGUCGCCUCACUGAGAAGAUACCAGAAGAAAAACAACUGACACAAAUAUUAAAAAAUCUUAACAACUACCUGCAAGAUAAGUUAUGUAUGUUGAAUAUCACCAGUUUGGAGGAAUUACGGAACUUAGCUCGCCGUGCUGAACUUGGAAGGAUCCGCUCGACUACUCAACACCCGCCACCAAAACCUAACAUCGUUAUGGAACCUGACCUAGCCUAUUGUGGACCCAGACGACAACACGGGUCACAGUAUGUCUCAGCGAUUCAAUCAACUCCCAGAUUACCGAACCUAACCUGUUGGAACUGUGGGGAAGGAGGCCAUAUGUCGAGAUAUUGCCAGAAACCGAGGAAAACAUUUUGUUAUGGGUGUGGCGCACCUAAUGUAAAGCGAGCUGAAUGUCAAAAAUGCACUCCAAAAAACUUGUAAGGUUGGGAGUUGACAACAACCUUAUCGUUAACUCCCAGAGAGAUAAAACCAGUACUGAAUUAGGCCUAGAUAAAAUAAAUUAUUUAUUUGAACCAGUAGAAAAUGAUCCGAGACCUUAUCUAAAAAUCAAACUUUUUGGAAAACCAAUGCGAGCCUUGUUAGACUCCGGAGCCUCUCAAUCUGUAUUGGGCCAGGAAGGAUUGUGGGUAGUUCAGAAAUUUCCAAAUUUAUUGAACCCGAUCCCUGAUAAGUGGAUUGAAACAGCUGAUUCACAAAAACAUGAAAUUAGAGGUACAAUGAAGGUGCAGAUUACUCUAGCAGGACGAUCCAGAGAAACCAGUGUUUUGGUAGUUCCUUCAUUAAAGCAUUCUUUGAUUCUAGGGAUAAAUUUUUGGUCCGAAAUGCAAAUUAUUACAGAUUUUCACCAGAGAACCUGGGACUUUUCACCUGCCACCCUUAAGCUAUCUUCUAUGAACGUUCCACCCCAUGGACUGCAGACCGAAGAACAUCUCACUACACCGCAACGCUUAGAAUUAAAUAGAUUCAUGAAUGAAUUUCUUAAAGGGACCGAUCAGCCU